CAGAAUAGAAACCCUAGACGGCACAGAGAAGAGAGAAAUGGGUAAACGAGGACGAGAUGAAUCGAUUCAGGCAAAAGUUAGAGCUGCAGUGACGUUGAAUAGUUUAAAUUCUGAAUUCCGUUUUCUAGGUAAAGAUACUAAAUCUGUAUUAGACCUAUGUGCUGGCAGUGGUUGGAUGCAACUUGCUGUUGCUAGAAUUUCAAAAGGAGGUUUUGUUCUUGGUGUUGAUCUCCAUCCGGUUACACCUAUUCUAGGCGCAAUUUCAAUACAAGAAGAUAUCGCUACUCGUGAGUGCAGAGAUACUAUUGAGAAACAUAUGACUGAAAAUGGUUUUACUGGUUUUGAUGUCGUAAUGCGUGGUGGAUUAUCUUCUGAUUCUUGCGCUACUACUUGGGAUCAGGCAUCUUUGCUUACUAAAUCAAUUAAACUCGCUACUAAAUUUUUAUCACCCGAUGGAACUUUUGUCACCAAGAUGUUCGACGGAGCAGAAGAUUACAAUCCCAUGCUCUACUGUCUUGAGCAGUUAUUUUGCAGAGUCGUCGUGACGAAACCGACUUCCACAUCUACAAAAACCUACAUUGUGGCUUUAAAUUAUAAAGCCCCAGAAAAGAUUAAUCCCCGUCUACUCGUUACCAGGAAUUUGUUCUCUAUUAAAGAAGAAGAAGAAGAAGAAAAAAAGUGGUUGUUUUGGCUUCAGAUUUUGUGUGGUCCGAGACUCCACUUGAAGUCCUUGAAAAAGCAUGCUCACUCUCCUUCGCUGAUGAUGAUUGCUUAUCUUUAAAGGAUCAUAGUUUAACUACCAAAAGGAUCAAGAGGAUAUGCAAAGAUCUUCGGGUUUUGAACAAGCGACGUUUUAUGCAUCUGAUGAAGUGGAGGUUGCAUGUGAGAGAAGCUCUGUCACAUGCUCAGAAUGCUGAUGCCAAGGAUGGAAAUAAGGGCAAUGAUGAUGAUGAUGAGAUACCCGAUGAAAUGGAGUAUUCAGAAGAUAUUCCAAAGAUGUAUUUUUCUGCUGAAACUAGCACGAGGAUCCAUGGUACAACCGUAAUGGGUGUGGUCGUAGAUGACAUAGAUCGUGGAAUUUUGAUAGGAACGGAUGGCCUGUUAACAGGUUCAAAAUUUCGCGAAGAAGGUGACAUCAAACUUAAAGUCAUCGGAUAUGAUAUGCUGUGUGGAAUGGCAGGUGACUACAAAUUCACAGAAACGGUACACCAGCAUAUAGAUCGUGAGGUGUGGGGUAAGAUCAAUGCUAAUCAGAGCAGACCAUCAGUUAGGAAAUGUGCUCAUAUGUUGAAGAGUUUUUAUUCUGAUAUGUUGGCGGAGGGAAAUGAGUUCGAUCAGAUGUGGCUAAAGAUUCAGGGGAAAAAACGUCAUGCUUUUCUGACAUUGGCAGGGUACGAAGACAUAGGUGGAGAUAAACUAAUCCCUCAUUUGUGGUCUGCUACGAAGUUAGGGGCUAUAAGAGAAUCUAAGUGCUGUUAUAGUGGAUCUGGUGGUUCAUAUGCCGAAGUCUUUUUGAAAGAAAAUAUCGGAAAAUGUAAUUCAGUUGAUAACACAAUCGUUAUCAUGCAAAAGGCGUACCUCAAAGCGGCUAGAUAUGACUGUAAAACCGGAGGAAACUUUACGAUUUUUGUGAUUACACCUGAAGAAGACCUUGAAGCUUUGAGGAGGACACCUCUAGACCAAAGAAUGACGGGAAACAUCGAUGAGCGGGUAGCAACUUUAAGUGAAUUGAAAGAACUCUACGAAGAUGAUUUCAAUGAUCGCUCCAUGGAACAAACAUAUGCUGCUGAUAUUUGGGGAAAGAGAAGGAGAGUCUAGGAGAAGCCCUAUUUGAGUAUAGCAGCUGCUUUCAUUUAUGUGAUAACCUCUGACGAGAAGAAGCUACAUCCAGGUUUUGGCAGAACCCUAUUUCCUUCUGCGACGGAUAGAUAUGUUUUAAAGGCCUUUCUUUCUGUCAUUGAUUAGUGAGGUGUGUGGAUAAUGGCUGUGACAGAAGUUGCUUCAGAAACCAUUAGGAUUUCAUAUUCGGAUCUUGAUCCUUGCCUGACUAGGUUAUUACUAAUCUCGUAUGUGGAAGAGGUAUGCUGGAGAACUCUUAUGAGUUGAUCAGUCUCUUCAUUUCUGUAUAUAUUCUUAACAUAUCAAUGGCUAAUGCUUUAUUUUAUUUCUUAGAA